AUGAAUUCAGUUGAACGACCUUUGAUUCAGCGUAGAGUUUGGAAUGAAAACCUUUCAUUGGAACAAAGAGAAGCUCCAAUAUUUACUGAAGCUCAUCGAAAAUUUCAAAAUGAGGCGUUGGAUAUUCAUAAUGUCUUACGUGCUCGGCAUUGUGUACCACCAUUAGUACUUGAUGAAGAAAUAAAUAUAAGAGCUCAAAAAUAUGCUGACCAGCUUGCUAGUACGAACAGUAAAUUAAUACAUAGUACUGAUCGAGGUGAUCAGUUUGGAGAAAAUCUUUAUGUAAUAACACGUAAACAUCCUAUUACCGAUAUAAGUGCUGCUGCAGUAAUACUUACAUGGUAUGACGAAAUAAAACUUUAUGAUUAUGAUCAUCCAGGUUACAAACCAAGUGUAGGUCAUUUUUCACAACUUGUUUGGAAAGAUACACAAAAAAUUGGUAUAGCAUAUGCUAUGGCAAAAGAAGGUCAUAAAAUGUAUGUUGUUGCUCAAUAUUCACCAGCAGGCAACUAUGACUUUGAAUAUGAGACAUGUGUUCUACAACCAUUAUGUUAA